CAGCACCACCCCCCAACACUCCCCUUUGCUUUGCCCUACAGCUUCCCCUUGGACCAGUUAGUGAGUGUAUGCUAAAGAAUUAUUGGCUGGAGCCAACCUCCGUGUAGCCUCACAGCUGUCAGUGCAGAACCAAACUCGACUGAGCUACAUCCUUUCAAAACCAAACUCUGACUGUCUGCCCACCUCGCCCACCCCUCUCCAAAUCUCCAGGCAAAAGUUAAAGCGAUGGAGACGUUUUUCAGAAGACAUUUUAAGAAGACAGAAUCUGGCAUGCCUGGUAUCAUGUUCCCCAAUCGCUGCCAGCGGGCGGGUAGGUGUGUGAGCAGCACGGUGCCUGGCAGUAAAGUGAGACGCCGUUCAAAUGUUGGGAUGCCAUCGGCAUUGUUGGUGCAGAGGCGUAGGUCCAGUGUCCAGAUGCAGACUCUGCCCCCUCACCUGACCAGAUCAGGGGGUGGACUCUCCAAGGGCAGCAUGGCACGCCGAAGGUCCAGCACCACUGCCCCCCACCUCAACCCUAGAUUUGCAGUCAAGCAGAAGCGAGGGGGAAAACUGAGAACCAUUGACAGCCACCUGGUUGGGCCCUCCAUGCUGCUGGCCAGCUUGAUUCAGAUGACUGAGGAAGAGGAGGGACAAGCUGGCAGAGUCAAGGACGAUUGUGAGAUGGAGGUAAAUGCCACUCCUAACGAUUCAGAGGGCGAAAGCUCUUCUUCAGGAGGCUUGGAUGCCUCCGAGUCGUCAGCCGCAGGCAGCAGUUGGAGUGAGUUGGAGGAGGUGGAGUGGGAAGUGGGUACACAAACCCCACUUAGAAUUUCAGAGACUUUCCAGCCUUCAGCCUUGUGUUACAGGCCUAUUUACACCAAGCCUUUUCUCAGGGCCCCUCGCUGUUUGAGGAGGAACUCCUCCCACCUGCUCCCUGCAGAAUCUGUCUACUUUGGGAAAACGACCUACGGAUUGUGCGGGAAUUACCGGAGGACGAACCAGCGCCGGCGGUCUAGCACCACCCUGCUCUCUGGCACGCACCGGGCAUCGGCAGCAGCUUGCAGUCCUCCUGGUGCACCAGACCUGUACCGGGUGAUGCCAGUGGGGAAUAGGCGGCCAUCACUGAAUGUCAGGCGGGUGUCACGUACUCUGCCGCCAAGGUGGAGGCACGGCAUUCGCAGAAAUUCACUCCACUUGAUACACAGGAGCUACAUGGCCAAACAUCCUCCAUCAUGGAGCAACUUUCUGUCAAAAGCCAUCGCUAAAUCUGGACUCCAGCACUUGGUGCCUCAGCCGAACCCGCAGCUCGCUCUUCGGCAGGAUUCAGAUCGGGAAGUACGUAGCACAGUAGAUUGGACGGAGAAUGCACAGUAUGGUGAGCACAUCUGGUUUGAGACCAGUGUUUCGGGAGAUUUCUGUUACGCUGGGGAGCAAAACUGUGUCGCAAAAAUGCUGCAGAAGUCAGUGUCACGGAAGAAAUGUGCAGCCUGCAAGAUAGUGGUUCACACGGCCUGUAUUGAACUUCUGGAGAAAAUAAAUUUUAGAUGUAAACCGACAUUCCGGGAGUCUGGGUCACGUAACGUUCGAGAGCCCACGUUUGUACGGCACCAUUGGGUUCAUCGAAGGCGGCAAGAGGGGAAAUGCAAACAGUGUGGCAAGGGUUUUCAGCAGAAGUUUACCUUUCACAGUAAGGAGAUUGUCGCAAUUAGCUGUUCCUGGUGCAAACAAGCAUAUCACAAUAAGGUGACCUGCUUCAUGCUACAACAGAUCGAGGAGCCGUGUACUCUAGGUGCUCAUGCUGCAGUUAUUGUUCCGCCAACCUGGAUCAUUCGGGUGAGACGGGCUCAGAAUUCACUGAAGUCAAGUAAAAAGAAAAAACGGACCUCGUUUAAAAGGAAAUCCAGUAAGAAAGGAGUGGAGGAAGGAAGAUGGAAGCCCUUUAUCAUAAAGCCCAUUCCCUCUUCACUGAUGAAACCGCUGUUGGUGUUUGUCAAUCCCAGAAGUGGAGGAAAUCAGGGAGCAAAGAUCAUCCAGUCAUUCAUGUGGUAUCUGAACCCGAGACAAGUGUUUGAUAUGUGUCAGGGAGGUCCCAAGGAGGCGUUAGAGCUGUACCGAAAGGUUCAGAACUUACGAAUUCUAGCCUGUGGAGGUGAUGGCACAGUGGGAUGGAUUCUGUCCAUUUUGGAUCAAUUGCAACUGAAUCCCCAGCCUCCUGUGGCAGUACUUCCUCUGGGAACAGGAAAUGACCUUGCAAGGACCCUGAACUGGGGUGGGGGGUACACAGAUGAGCCAGUUUCCAAGAUCCUAUCCCAUGUGGAAGAUGGGAACAUUGUGCAGCUGGACCGGUGGAACCUAUACGUGGAGAGAAACACGAGCGCUGUCCCAGACGAGCGUGAUGAAACCGCAGCUGAAAAGCUUCCACUCGACGUCUUCAACAACUACUUCAGCCUUGGCUUUGAUGCCCACGUGACUCUGGAGUUCCAUGAGUCCCGAGAGGCCAAGCCAGAGAAAUUUAACAGUCGGUUUAGGAAUAAAAUGUUCUACGCUGGGACGGCAUUUUCAGAUUUCCUCAUGAGAAGCUCCAAAGAUUUAGCCAAGCACAUCAAAGUGGUGUGUGAUGGGACAGACCUGACCUCGAAGAUUCAGGACCUAAAGCUACAGUGCAUUGUAUUCCUGAACAUCCCAAGGUACUGUGCGGGCACCGUGCCAUGGGGGAAUCCGGGAGAGCAUCAUGAUUUUGAGCCACAACGUCAUGACGAUGGCUGCAUUGAAGUGAUUGGCUUCACCAUGGCAUCAUUGGCUGCUCUGCAAGUUGGUGGACAUGGGGAACGGCUCAACCAAUGCCGCGAAGUGACACUAACAACAUACAAGUCGAUUCCGAUGCAGGUGGACGGAGAACCAUGUAAGCUCGCACCCUCUGUCAUUCGCAUUUCAUUGCGAAAUCAGGCAAACAUGGUCCAGAAGACCAAGAGGAGAACAUCCAUUCCACUGCUCAAUGAUCAGCAGACGAUACCUGAAAGCCUGAAGAUACGUGUGAAUCGGAUCAGCAUGCAUGACUACGAAGCUUUGCAUUAUGACAAGGAGAAACUAAAAGAAGCCUCAGUGCCCCUAGGUAUCAUCGUCAUCCCUGGCGACAGUGAUCUGGAGAUCUGCCGCAUACACAUUGAGAGGCUUCAAGAGGAUUUGCCCCUGGUGCAUCCCUCACUCCAGCGAUUGGUGCUGCAGGAGGACGAUGGCACCAAGUCUAAAACCUUGUCUUCACAGAAGCUAUCCCCAAAAUGGUGCUUUCUGGACUCCACUACUGCUGACCGGUUUUACAGAAUAGAUCGAGCACAGGAACACUUGCAUUAUGUGACUGACAUUUCCCAAGAUGAACUUUUCAUCCUGGAUCCAGAACUUGUGAUCACAGAAACUGUGGGGACAUCUCCAGGAAUGCCUGAUUUGGUUGGCUCAUCUGGCUCCUUCACCUUCCCAUCCUGCUCCUCUUCGCCACCAUUAUCACCUGUUCCAAGAAUUUUGGAUUUGCAGAAAGCCUCCCAGAGGAAGCGUAUUUCUAGCGACAGUUCAGUUGCUGAGGCGCUCGCCCACAGUGAGUUGCUCAGAGUCUCAAAGCCUUUGCUCAGCAGGACAGGCGCCAAGAUAGCCAGUGUUCAUCGAUCGAAUACAAUGGCAGCGGACUUUAAACCAGCAUCUGUACUGACUGUGGCACAGGGACCAACACCAACCCAGGCAACAGCAAUGUCACGACCUGAGAAACUUGCCACACCCAGUACAAGUGCAGAUGAGCACCUUCUUCACGCAGUAAAGAACAAUGACUUACAACGGUUACGGGAGUUGCAGAAAUCAGGCGCUGAUCUAAUGGCGCGAGAUACCGAGGGCAGGACCCUAUUGUAUCAUGCUGUCACUGUAGGAAGCAAAGAGAUUGUGAAGUACAUCCUUGAAAAUGCCUCUCCAGAGAUAUUGGACUUAACAGAGAAGGAGAAUGGUGAAACCGUCCUACACAAAGCUGCUGCACUCCGACAUCGAACCAUAUGCCACUUUCUUGUGGAAGCUGGCGCAUCAUUAAUGAAGACGGAUUUGCAGGGAGAUACUCCAAAAAACAAAGCGGAGAAGGCCAUGGACAUGGAGCUGGCGGCGUACCUAGAAAACCGGCAGCACUACCAGAUGAUUCAGCGAGAGGAUCAGGAGACAGCUGUGUAACACCGGCGAGGACCUGGCAACAAGCCCUCCCCCAACCCCCCCACUUCACCCUCUUUCCCUCAAAGACUGUGCAUGCCUGCUGCCAUUUGUGACGACAUGGAUCGUUGGUGACUCAACCAUCGACCAGCCUCUGUGUGUCUGUGUGUGUGUUUUUUUGCCCCCACCCCCACUGACUAAAGCGACAGGCUGGAGCAACCAGAUGCCAAAACUAAAAAUGGCAACAUGACAGUUACAGCUACCAAGCAACAGUUUGAUGGUAAGAACCUGCCAAGCUGAGCCUCACCAAUGCGAUGGAUGGAUAACUAAGGUCAAUGGUGUUUAACAAAGUUGGCUACUUGUGGUGGUACAUCGGCGCUAGCAUUAACUUCAUGCUGUUUAAAUUGCACGUGACAUGGUGACACUGUGUAGCCCAGAUAUAUUUCCAUAUUCAGGAUGUGCCCACUGCUGUUGCUGCUGUUGAGAUGAUAGCAACUUGAGAGGUAUUAUAAAAGGAUCCAAGGUGAAUGCUCGCUACUUUGCAAAGGGCAGGUUUACGAUAUUGGAGGCUGAAAAUAUUAAUAUGGACCUAAUUACUUUAUUUUACAGCUGUAUUUUUUAAAAGAAAAUUGUGUGGAAAAGUUAUACUUUUUUUGUGCACAUUGGAACUUUUAAUCGUGACGGAUGUUUAAUGUUAUUUCAAACGAUGUCUACUGCAAACUCGCUGGAGUCUAAAGGGCAGCCCAUUCAGGCUUUUGUAAUGUUUACAGUGUGGUGGGUGGGGCGAUGGGGGUUGGUGUUUGCAGUCAACAUCCAUUCAUAAUCACCAGAGGAUUAUGGGGUAGGGUCCAUAAUGCCAGCAGAGGUUUGAGAAAGUGAAACUCAGAGCUAUGUGGCAGGUGCAGAUCAGUGGCUUGGGUUUUCCUGACAGAUCCAGAGCCAAACAUUUCACCAGCAGGUUGAUUUACCGGUAAGAGAUGGAGGCAAAUCAAUCCAUCCCCCUGUUGCAUUCAUUUAAUAAGUACCCUUAUUACCUAUGGUAUUUUUUAAACAAAUCACUGUUGUUAACUGUUUACUUUUACCUGGGCAUUUAGAAAAAAGACUGUAGAUCUGUACAGCUGCAGGUCAAAACUUCCAUGUAUUUAACCACCACACUGGACCACCCACGCAUUUAAGUGAGUAAGCUGUCUAAUUGUGAAAGGUUUGUGCGAAAAGAUUUUAAGAAGGUUUGAGUUUUUUUUUAUCCCUUUAUCCCAUUCAAAGUUAAUGAGCAAAAAUUCAAAACCAUGACUUAAGAAGGUUGGCACUGAAGCCUUCACCAUGAUUAUGUCCAAGGGAGGAAUUGUUUGAGAGUUCUCAGCUUCCCAGUUGGCUCCGUUGAUUGAAAUGAAUCAACCUGUGUGGUACUGAGUCCCAGUGACUGGACAGGUCCUAGGUUCCAUUGUUCUGUGCUAUUAUCUAAUCUUUUGAAGUGCCACAGUUAGCCUCAAAACCCCAAACGAGAGAGGUGAGGGGGGUGGGGUGCAGAGAAUCAAACAGUCUUUCAAUAACAGCAAAAUACUGCGGAUGCUGGGAACCUGAAAUAAACACAGGAAAUGCUCAGCAGGCCUGGCAGCGUGUGUGGAGAGAGAAACAGAGCCAAUUCCAAUAUGACUCUUCUUUGGAACCAAUCUUUCAAUUUCUGAACCUUCAGGGAACUGCAACCAAUGCCCCUUCCCUGGUGGCCAUAUUAAGACAUUCAACCUUACUUGGACAUCAUAGGCAGCAUACAAACAAUUUGGCCAAAUCAGUGGAAUCUUUUAUUGCAGAUUUCCACAUUAACGCAUCAGCCUGUGUAUAUUGUAGCUAUUUUUAAAGCAAUUUCUGUGCUCUUUCAUUCUGAUAUAGGUAAUAUGGGAUGUUGUGGCUAAGCAAUUUUUGGUGACCUUUUAAAAUCCUGAUGGGAACAUUUACUUUUUAAGAAGCUGAACAUUUUAAAAUGUAACUUGAUUUGAGCAGUCCAUGUGGACUCUAACCUAACAGAAAGCAAUCAGGGCACUGGGGCUGAGUGGUCAGUUUAAAACCCUUCUGAUAAUUGCCAUCAGUCACAGGUAGAUACUUGUAGAUUCUGCAGGCCCCAGCCAUGAAGAUCUCAACUUCAAAAAGGUUUCCUUAGACCAACAGUGUGGUAGACUAGGAAGAGAAGCGGCUAUUAAAGAGUGAUUUAUUUAAAGAGUGCACAACCUAUUACACUGGUACUGUAUGGUUGCACUGUAUAUAUUAUGUAUAAGAAGGGCCUUAAUCCAACAGUGCAGAACUUCCCCUUCAAAAUAUCCAACUAAUUGGAUAUUUGGCUCUGAAGAUUCUGGUGAUUGGUUUAGAUUUAUAUAUAUUGUACGACUUGACAUCAACUGAACACCAAGAUAAUACUGCUGUAGGAUAUGGUCAUUAUCAUUGCAUUGAAUUAGGAAAGGAAAGGAGCCCUGGCUUAAUGGGGGAUAAUUUUAACUUUUACUUCAAUGCCUAGGAACAUUGUGUGAGUUAUACAACGGGUGGAAGAACCGAUAUCACUGGCUUUACAUUAUUGCCGAAAGAUAAAAUCACCCCCAGUGUUGAUGCUCAGAAUGAGAAAGGAUUUAAUAACAAAAUAAAAGGUUUACAGACUCUCUGACCUUACCUGGAAAACGAGCACACAGCCAGCAGGAAGGGAAGAAUUGAAAUCUUGCCACACUGUCCUCAAAGCUGUCAACCAGGACUGCAGACAUCAGGAAGAAAGUGAGUGGAGUGGAGGCAGGCUGCUCCAUUCUCUGCUAUUGGCUGUGUAAACUGGUUCUUUGAACAAAACAAAAGAAGUCUGUCUGGUUGUAAAUUUUCCAGGAUAGUACAGUUAUUGUAAUAUUCCAGUGAGAUUCUCUUGAUGUGUCUCUGUGACAUUUUUGUGUGUAUAAUUACUUAAAUAUGGACCCCUUUUGUAGAUUGGUUUAUCUUCAACCUUUGGCAGUUGUUUUUAUAUUUGCAUUUUGUGUGCGUGCAUGUUUCUGAAACAAAUGCCUUGAUUUGCCUCGUGUCAGAUGAGUUGGAUGCAGCCAUGUUGUUCCUUCUUGAAACUGUGAACCAAGUCCCAGGGUGUUCCUCACUGUGAAACUUUCCAGCCAGUGGGUCAUGUAGCACUGCAUGUUCUUAGGCCCAGGGCUAAUAUUAUAAGUGAAGGAAUUGCUCAGAUGAACGAACCCUCGAUGCUUUCCACUGUCUCUCCAGACAAAAUGGGGCUGGCUGUGGAAAAGGGGAGAAGUGUUACACGCAGAGUUUACUACAGCGGUGUUGGAGCAUAGCUCCCAUUUUGACCAUUGUAAUCUGCUAAUUACACCACGGGAUGAUAUUAUCAUAUGAGCAAUUGAUUUAUUUGUAUUGAAUUCAGUUUCCUGUCCUAACGCCCAGAAGGGAUGAUCAGUAAAACUGGUACCAAUUCACCCAGUUUUGAAGACCAGUUUUGAACUGGCAGCCCUGCAGGAAGUGUAAGUAAAACUGGUGACAUUGGCAGCAUUACUAGUGAUAUCACCAGUAGUACUAGUAGUCAAGCAGGGGAAUGCCAGUGAAACUGGUGGUAUCACCAUAGAAUUGGUGGCCCAGUAGGCAAGUGCCAGUAAAACUGGUGAUAUUACUAUUAAUACCGAAAUAACCAGUUUAUCCGGGGGUAUUUUGGGCUCCAAUCGUGAGCUGUAUUUAUUGCUGGUGCACUUAAUUCAAAAUAGGAGUAGCUGACAAAGGAAUUACAUGCAGGCAUGUCAUACCAUGAGAUCGCACAGCACCAUUCCCUGGCUGAUUGUCAUGAAGAAAGGAAUCACAUAGUGUUUGAAAUGAAGCUGAAAAGCCAGGAUUGUGGGCAUCACAUUGGAAGUCUCAGUUUCGUCCGUGCAAAUUGUUUUUCUUUCUGUUUUUGCAAUAUGUUUUGGCUCCUUUUAAAUGUUAUCUUUGAUUUUCAAACUCAGAUGUGCUUUCCUUAUUCCCCAAUAUCUAAAUCCAUUUAUUCUCUCCCAGCCCCACCCCUAUCAGUCUUGUCUGGAACAUGUGCUUACACAGAUUUUCACAAUUUUCAGUCCAUUGACCUUGUGUAAAGUUUCCUACCUCAAUAUAUAAUGGCACAAGCAAAAGAUGUACCCAUUCCCAGAAGUUUGAACAACUGGAAAUUGGGGAUUCAAUAGAAACAGCUGGGGCUGGGGAACUAGGUGGAGCUGUGUGUUAGGCAAUAACUCUGGGAUCAAUCAGAUUCAGCCUAUAUUAAUAAAACACAAAUCUCUUCCUCUGUAUUCCUAAGUCAAGUGAGUGGGGCAGUGUUAAUCCAGUGCAGACUUCCAACACAAAACUGUUCCUUGUCCAGCACUAUUUAGGAAUUUUAUUCAAAAGAGGCCAUGGGCUGGUUGUUAUGGGAACUGGGUGGGGGGAAGGUGGAAUUGCAUCCAUGCAUUAGAGGGGCUAGCAAUUCUGCAUUGGAGCUGAAGCACAUUUUUUGGGAAAAUUACAAGGGCUUUAUUUUGCAUUGAGUGCUGCUGUAACUGUGGGGAGUGUUGAUACCAGAUGCUCCAUUGCCCAGCAUUACUAUCUCUCAUUUUGAUGAGUGCAGAGUUUGCAGAAACAAACCAACCAGAGAGGCAAAUUCAGAUCAUGGUAAUAUUUACUGACGUGGGGUUAGACCUGCUGGAUUUUUAUGUAACAGUUUGAGGGAAGAGAUCUGCAAAACAAUGACCAAUAAUUUUAUCCCACACUUUGUUAGUGUAUGCAAUCUCCCUCUCCCCCCACUUAACUUUGAUAUCCUGAAGUAUAAUGCCAAUUUCACUUUCCUUAUGAUACUGAGCUGACCAGAGAUCACAGGUUUAGCUCUUGAUGUGUGUUGUAAUAAGGUACAGUUGGGCCCAGUGCCCCUAUACAAGGGAGGGCAAAAAUCAGCAAGGGUUUCCACUCUUCCUCCCUAAACAGUCACCUGUACACAUAUGUGCAUGUGGAGAUUUGAAUUGAGCUUGGCUGUGUCACAUAGUCCACUGAGCAGUGAAUAGUGGGCACUUAGGCGAUUUUUCAGCAGGCUGCCAUUUUCCAUGGAACAGUAAAGAGGGGAUGGAAAAAUUGUUGCCUUCCAGGCAUGCCCCUGCCCUCCACAUAGUCAUAAACGAUGGAAGCAAGAGAAAGCACCAGAGAUGGCUCUGUAUAGCAGAUGGGGUGGUUUAUGUCAGAAUGGGGUACUUCUGAUAGGAAACCAUUAUGUGAGAAAUGAUAAAAGCUAGCACUUAUGCUGGAUGUAUAUGCCGAGGAAUGGCUGUACUAUUGCUGACUUAAGUGACUAACAAGCUGGGACUUGGUAUAAAUGUCCAUUUACUGGGUUGCAUAUAAAUGGAUUUGAUUGUAUUUGCAUCAGACUGGACCAAUAAAAAGAAGCAUAAAUAAUCAA